AUGCUGCGCAUCGCCAAUGGGACGGUGGAGCUGGCCACGAUCGAAAGUUUAUGUCUGCUGUCCUAUUCCUCUUUCAUCGAUGGCAAUACACACCUCGGGCAGUUCUAUCUAGGCCUGGCGUCCCAGCUCUGUCGGGCGGCCAUGCUAGAUGUUGCGGUCGCCUAUUCACCCGAUGAUCCACAUAUGGAGCGAAAGAAGCGGCUGUUCUGGAGUCUACAGUUGCUCGAGCAGUCAUACGGCCGACAGACAGGAAUCUUACGCACAUCGACCGAGAUCUGGCGCCCACCAUAUUUCGCUACGGAUGGCGACCAGGACAGCCACAAGGCGACAGUGCCUCCGUCCCCGCCCAUGCCGCAGGACAGCGUGGGAUGCACGAACCCCCACGACACGGGCAUCUGGAACAUGAGCAUCCAGUUCGGGUGGGUCUGGAGCAAUGUCCGGGGCUAUGUAUCGGACUGUGCGCGCAGCAGAAUGAAGGAGCCCUGGCGGCACGAGUCGAUGUACUCGAUGGUGCUCUCUGACCUCACGGAGAUCGAGAACCGGACGCCCCUCUGUCAUCGCUAUGAUCACGUUCAGUUCUAUGAACGUACUGGCGAAGAGUUAUCCUACGAGCUGUCCUACUGGGUGCCCUGGUUGAAGUUGCAGUUCAUGUACCAUGCCAUCCUCACGGUGCUCAACCACCCGUUUCUGUACAUCAUGGCCUCACGCCAGAACCCCAAUCUGGCCAUCCCGAACAGCUUCUGGCGACGGUCCUCGGAGCUGGUGGUGCUGCAUGCCACCUGGAUUGUGCGCUUGAUCGACAUGGUGGUGGAGAAGGAGGUGCGCCUGUCCGAUCCCUUUUUCGCCCAUGUCGCCGCCAUUGCCGCCACGGUGCAGCUGUACUACUGCUGUGCCGGGGACCCUCGUCUGAAAUACAAGUCGCGGGUGGACUAUGCCAAGUGCCGCGAGUUCCUGAGAACCUUUGCCACCACAUCGCGGGCCUGCGAGGGCCUGCAUCGCAUUUUGGACCAGAUGAUGCGCAUUGCAUCCGGCUCGGAGAACGUCGACUACGAGACCUGGCUCCCGUCCAAGAUCUACUUGAGUAUCCCUCUCAUGUGGGACAUCCUACAGUUCAACAGCACGAAUCGGUCGGCGGGCGGGAGGGCCGACGGCCGCCUGCUGCAUUCCUCACUUGCAGCAUCGGCAGUCGGGCAAGGCUCCGAGGAAGAUUCGACCCUUGAGGUGAUCGUCACGACCUCGCCGGAGGUGACGGUCAACACGGCCGACGGGGGCCAAGCAGUGCCUCUGCCCCUGUAUCGGUCGCCAGCGACCUCCAAGGCUAACGCGGCUGCCACCUCCAUAGUGCGCGACACCCUCGUUGCGCCGAUUGACAGUCUGAUGGUCAAUACCCCAUGGCUCUGGGCCGAUUCGGCUCCACUGGGCGACAUGGAGAGCUCCCUGGGAUAUGCCAAUUCCGGUCCGGGCGGCGGAGAUGCGGAGUUUUCAUCAUGGUGGAAUCUAGGCAACCUGUGA